GCAGACUUCUAGGGAAAACACUUUAUCAGAUUGUGAGAGUUCGCGUUCUGUUCGAUUGGUUUCCUGAAUCCGAAGCUGGUGUGACGUUAAGUCUGAUUUCAUAAGUUUGAAAAUGAAAUAUUUAUUGGUAUUGUCAGUCCUGGCCGUUGGAGCCCAUGGCUUCUUCACCCCGGAGCAGCUUGAAAUCGCCAAAAAGUUCACUGCGGACUGCAGUCAGCAGCUGGGCGCGGCGGAACUGCCAGAUAACAUCGGGGAACGUUUCCGGGAUGGCGAUCUUACGCUAACGGACCCCAAAUCGAAGUGUUUCAUGCGAUGCGUCUUUGCCAAGGCCGGCUUCCUGAACGAGGAAGGAACCAUCGAUCGGGACACACUGGUAGCGAAAUUGGCCAAGGGAAAUGGUGCCGAAAAAGCUGCAAUGUUUGGCGAAAAGUGUCACAUGUUUGAGGGUGCCGAUGGCUGUGAAAAGGCUCACGGACUGUUCGAAUGCUACUGGAAGAACAAGGCGGAAAUCUUUGGCGCUUAAACUGGUUGAACGUGGUUUUGUUAUUGAAUAAAGUGCUGAAAAUCUGUUGCAUUGA